AUGGCCCAAUAUGGAAAUUUAGAGAUUAAUAUUUAUAUAGAUGCAAUAAAACCAUAUUACGAAAAGUUGGUUACGUCUCGUGAUAGUUGUAUCGACUAUAGCUCUCAGAAUCCUUAUAUAAGAAAUGGGUUACUAGAGAUCAAAGAAAUAUGGCGUCGGAAUAUAAAUGGGAAAAUAAUUGCGUCAAUGUAUCAUAUCGACGGGAAUAUAUUUGAACUUUUAUUAAAAUACAUAUAUUGUGGAGAACUGAAUUUUGAUAAAAAGGAUUUUAAACAACUAAAUGAAUUAUAUGUUGCCGCGGAUAUGUUACUAAUCGAUAGUCUAAUAACAAUAUUGAGAAAUCAUAUCAAGAGGAUUAUGAGUGAAUUGAUUGAAAAGGAUAUAAUUGAAGCAGCAAAAUUGGUUGAUAUUACACGUGAUGGUGUUUUAAUAGAUGGCUUUGUCGAUAUGGUUAUUAAUAACCCCAGAAAGUUGUUUAUGGGAGAAAUUCAAGAGGUCAUGAUGUGGUUAAACUUUAAUGGUUUAGAGAGAUAUGAACAUCUGCUGGAUGUGAUACGGUUUGACCAGAUUGACGAUAAAGUGGUUUCUAAACAGAUGAUGGAUGAUGAUAUAGAGAUAUGUGUUGCCUCACUUUAUAAAAAGGAAAAAAAGAAACGAAAUCUGAUUAGAUACGGUAAUUUUGAAAUUGGGUCUGAUGUUGUUAGGAGCGAAGAGUUGAGGAAAAUUAUUAGACAUAUAAACCAGGUCCAUGAAGUAACAUUAGAAGAGUAUAGGUAUAGUUUUGAGUUAUUAUAUACAACCAAGACACAGGGAAAAAACAACGAAACUUUCCACAAGCUAUGUGACAAUAGAGGACCGACGUUAGUGGUUAUUAACACGUUAGAUGGAUAUAUCGGAGGAUAUACUUCAAUAUCAUGGUCAAGUGAUGGUGAAAAGAAAAAUGAUGAGUAUAGUUUUAUUUUCCACAAAGGUAACAAUGACAUACACUUUGCAGAUAUAAAAGAUAAAAGUUCGAUAACUAUAGGUUGUUUUGGGAAUAUGGGCCCAAUGUUUGGACGUGACUUGGUAAUCAAUGAAGAUGGGAAAUUAUAUUUCCAUACACAUAUCGACUAUUAUCUAUUGGUAUUGAAUAAUGUAAAUGGAAUAUAUCCAUUACAUUACGAGGUGUUUAGAAUAGAAGAUUAUCUAGAAAACAUUGAAGAACAAUUACUAUGGGAUUUUUGUGCAAAAACACGGUUAUUUGGUGACAGUAUGAAAGAUUGUCAUGGUAACGACAUGUACAAAACAGUUGGUUACAUGUUGAAAUUUUCUUUGCGGAAUAAUAAAUUUCCAUUCAUCACUGCAAGAAGAUUAAAUUUUGAAGGAAUGUUAUACCUCCAAGUGAUGUUUAUGGAAGGAACGUUCAAUAAAGAAAAGUUGAAGGAAAAAAAUAUCUACAAGUGGUGGGCCAAAGAUAUUGAGAAUAAUGACGGUUAUUUUGGAAGGUUAUAUCCAUAUCAGAUGAGGGACUUUGGGGGUGACCGUGGGAAAAAUGAAAUAAUUACAGACCCGAUACUUGGGUUUGAUCAACUUAGAAAUAUCAUAAAACAGAUUAAAAGAAAUGGGUUGAGAAGAGACAUCUUGAUAAGUUACUGGGAUCCUAGGGAUAUUAAAUAG